CUGCAACUUGACCCCUCCUUUCGGUGCUUGCCAGCAUCAGCAGACACCACCGCAAUGGUUUUAUCGCAGUUCAGCCUGUUGUCCCGAAAUCCCUUCCGCCUUCUUACUUUGUGAUUGUCCCUAUUAUGAGUGACCUUCAGCGAGCAUUUGCUCGAGCUCAUCUGUCUCGCUUACCACCAGAAGCUCCCCCUCACCCUCCGCCUCCCAUUCUUGACGAGCGUGACGAAGACCAGGAUGAAGUGUCAGGCAUCCCACCAGAGUCUCCGAACGAUUCAUCCUCUUCAGCCUCGUCGACAUCAUCCACCGGCACAAUAGUCCCGUCCCCAAGCCGAAAGCUAUUCGAACGACCUAGAGGGUGCACACAAAUAUCCCUCCCUGUCUCGUACCCCCAUACUGACUCCCCCAGCUCUGCCAAAUCUCGCUCAUCACCUCUCCCUUGGGACGACUUCUUUUCUCAAUCUUCAUCAUUUGAGCAAAGAACCCCUUCCGAAAUCAUCACCCACCAUGUCUACCUCACCCCUCCAACAUCAACUGGUCCCCUCAUCGUCACCCACCACGGCGCAGGAUCAUCAGGCCUAUCAUUCGCGGCUUUUACCAUUGAACUUCUAAGACUCCUUCCCAGCGCUGGGGUGCUGUCCCUGGACGCCCGAGGCCAUGGCCAAACGACCACCACCACAACGUCCGGCGGCUCUCCACCAACUCAGGACCUCAGUCUCUCCACGCUGGCCGAGGACUUGGCCUUCGUCGUCAACGCGGUCAAGACGCAGCUGAAAUGGUCCGCGUUGCCUGACAUCGUCCUCAUCGGCCAUUCCCUUGGUGGCGCCGUGGUCACCGAAGUAGCCCACGAACGACUCCUUGGCAACGCCCUUCUGGCAUAUGGCGUGCUCGACGUUGUUGAAGGUUCAGCCAUGGACGCUCUGUCAAGCAUGGACACCUAUCUCUCAACUCGGCCCAGAUCAUUUCCUUCCCUCGCCUCGGGAAUCGAAUGGCACCUCAAGUCCAGAACCAUAAGGAACACGACUUCCGCCCGAGUCUCGGUGCCUUCACUCCUCGUCGAAUCCAAGUCUAAAGACAUAUGGACCUGGCGGACAGAUCUAGGUGCCACGAAACCCUUCUGGGAGGGCUGGUUCGUCGGCCUGUCCAAAAAAUUUCUCGAGUCUCGAGGAGGGAAGCUCCUGCUCCUUGCCGGCACGGAUAGACUUGACAAGGAGUUGAUGAUUGGCCAGAUGCAAGGAAAAUAUCAGUUACUAGUCUUUCCGGACAGUGGCCACUUCAUUCAGGAAGAUCAGCCUGCGAAAACCGCACAUGUCGUGGCAGACUUCUACCGGCGGAACGAUAGAAGUGCACUUGUGCUUCCUCCCAAAGUGGAUGAUCUGAUCAAGCAGGGGAAACUGAAGCCUCCAGGACAGAAGUGAAAACGGAUGCCGACUAUUGUGUCAAGAUACAUUCUUGAAGGACGUCAUUCUUCAUUUCGAGCCUGUCGGCUUUUGCGUAUGUGGAAUGCCCAAGCUAUCUCCUGGGCUUUCCUUUCUUGAAACUCUUCGUCUUGCUCGGCCCAGCCUUCGCAUUACCAUUCUUUCUCUUUCUGUCCCUCCUUUCCUUGAUGGC